AGGCUACGGUUACAGUGCAAGCGAAUUCGCGCGAACCAUAGUUCGGGCGUGUACGUCCGAAUUCGGGCGAACAAACAAACCGAUAUAGUGAAAUGUGUAUGGUUACACUACAAGCGAAUUAAUCGUGCGAAUCGCUACUAGUCGCUAGAAGUUCAAAUGGGUUUGUUUUUUUCGCGCGAACUGCACAUUUUAAUAUUAAAAUUCAAGUUGGCAUUAUUUCAAAUAAUAUUUGAAUAUCAUGGAUAAUGAGAAAUUAAUCCUACUGGUGUUCGACAGAAGAGUGUUGUGGGACCAAAAAUAUAAAGGAUACCAUAAUCGUGACAAAUCGCGAAAAUUAUGGGAAGAAGUGGCAACUGAAUUAAAUGUAGGCAGUGAAACAGCAAAGUCAAAAUGGAAAGGACUGAGAGAUACAUUUCGGAGAGAAUACCAAAAAGUGAAAAUUAAAUGCUCCGGUGAUGAAGGAGGAGAACAGGUUGGCUCUACCUGGCCUUACUACGAUAGUUUGUGUUUUCUGGCAGAUCAGAUGACACCGAGAGAAAGUGCAGGUAAUGUUCCACCAGUGCGUAAUAAAAAUGUUGAAAGCACAAUAUCACAAGAACAGAGUCAAUAUGAAGAACUCUCUCAAAUGCAAUCCUGCAGUGAUGAUUAUCAGGAUGAUGUUAGGAACCAACCUGUAGAGGAAGAAACUCCAUCAAUAUGUACAGUUAGAACGCCAGAAUCAACUAAAAAACACCCAACGCGUUCUCUGAAACAUUCGAGCGAUAUACAGAAAAGAAUGAUAGAAGUGGAAGAGGAAAAACUUAAAUUUUUUAAACAAAGAAAAGUUGAAACAACCAUUGAAAAAAAUUAUGACUACUACUUUUUAAUGGGUUUGCUGCCUCAUUUGCAAAAGGUGAAACCUGAAAGAAAGCCUUUAGUACAGUUGCAGUUGCAACAAGUUCUUGUCAAUGAAGUCAUGUCUUACACGCAACCAGUACAGCACACACUUUCUUCACAUACGUUUUCCGCACCUCCCUCAACUCAAACUUCCUAUACUCCUCAACCUACACCUUCUCCUUCGUUAUCAGAAUCCAGUUUACGUCACUCUUAUAUUUCACUCUCAUCACCUGUCUCUCCAUCUAAUAACAUACCCAAGCAUUUGAAUUCAGCAGGAAGCAACGUUCAAGACUCCCAGUUGGAUAUCGCAGCAGAAGAACAAAGUUACAGUCUAGCAUCGUAUGUCACAAAUUUCCAGAUGUAAAUAAACUUACAAUUAGAAUUAGAUUUAUUUUGCUUACUUACCUUAAAGUUACUGUUAACUUUUCAGAUGGAGAAAUACAUUCUCUAAAAUUA